AUGGACAGUCAGUGCGCUGGAUGCUUCUUACUACCUGACUGGAAGAUAUUACGAGACGUGAAUAAUCAAAGUUUAUUGAUUGGUUCGGACAACGAAAACCUAGUUAAUACCAUUACACUGACAUCUUCAAGGGCAAUCAGUAGACUGGCAGUUAUCAGUAGUAAGAAAGAAAUAAAAGAAAGAAAGGGAAGUGUAGCAAGAAAAUUAAGAUAUCUUGAUAGUACAACAGUAAGAUGUGACUGUGGACAACAGAAUAUAAAUAAAACAGUACCAGCAAUAAAUGAAACCAGACCUUCUCCUGUCAUUAUUUUAACUUAUGCUAGAAGUGGCUCAUCUUUUCUUGGAGAUAUAAUUCGACAGACAGAAGAAGUGUUUUAUGUGUUUGAACCGCUACAUUUCUUACGCAUUUCAUAUAGAAGUAUGACAUUUUUGAAUGGAACAACACGAAACAGUUAUCAGUAUCUUACAGAGGCAAACAACGUCAUCAAUAGCUUUAUUACGUGUCAGCUAAUAAAUCUACCGUUAGAAUUUUGGAAUGCCGGCUUUGAAGAUAUGCAUGGGUAUCAAUUACAGACAUUUUAUACAAAAUUUAAAUCAGAGCGGUUAGUAAGAUAUUUGAAACGAAUGGAAUUUCAAUUCGCAGUUGAAAAACUACAACUGGAAUGUCAGAAAUCAAAAGUCGUUGUGAUAAAAACAAUCCGUGUACCAUUGUUCAUUGUUCAAGGCUUGUUUUCACAAUUAAAAAAAUUAAAGAUAUUACAUCUCGUGCGUGAUCCACGACCGACAAUUAUUUCCCAGAAAAAACAUAUCAGAGAAAUUGAUUCUGUUUCGGAUUAUGCUGCUAAUCUUUGUUUUCGUAUUUCAAAUGACAUUUUGAUGUCUAAUCUACUCACAGUUUUCUAUCCAUUAAGUAUAGUUCGAAUACGGUAUGAAAUUUUAACAACAAAUCCAAUUGAUAUGUCUAAAGGAAUAUAUAAGUUUUUGAACUUAACUUUUACAGACGAGAUUCAAAAUGUGAUUUUGAUGAAGACAUCAUCUGGAAAAUCAGGAAAGGGUCCUCUGACUACUGUAAAAGGUAACUCAACGGAAAUGGUCACCAAAUGGCGUUAUUCCGCCAAUUAUUCGUUUGUUGAAAGUAUUGAUAAGCAAUGUCAAUAUUUAUACAAGAAAAUUGGUUAUAUUCAAAUUAAUAACACGGCUAUGUUACAUAAUACAUCUAUACCUUUAUUUCAUCGCAUAAAUCCAGGAGGAAAUGGACGAAUAUCAGGAUACGGGCCCCUACGAACAAUUGUGGGAGCACCAAUGUUUCAGGAUUUUCAUCAUAAAACAUCAGAACUAACAGUGUGAUAUUUAAAUGAAAACUUUAUUUCACAUGCUAUUUACAAUGAGUAGAUAUUAUCAUAGUUAUACUGAUUACAAUGAGUAGCUAUUACCAUGAUUAUACUGAUUACAAUGAGUAGAUAUUACCACGAUUAUACUGACUAUACUGAGUGGAUUUUAGCAUUUAAGCUAUAAAAUUUAAAAGAUAAACAUGGUUCAUCAUGGUCAUGAAGUUAUAA